AUGGGGUUACUUCAUAGGCCAAUGUUUUUCAAUUUGAUCGUAUUCAUUGGUUAUUGUUUUUGUUUUGGUAGAGCAAUUGAUUGUGGUGGAAAUAAAAUUGCUCAAACCAUUAUUGUUGACCAACAAGGAAAAGGAGCAUUCACAAAGAUUCAACCUGCCAUUGAUUCUGUUAAGAUGAACAAUGAUCGAUGGAUUAAGAUUCACUUAAAUCCAGGAACAUAUGUAGAAAGUGUUUCUAUCCCUGAUGGCAAGCCAUGCAUUAUUUUAGAAGGCUCUGAUAGAACAACCACGAAAAUUACUUAUGGUGAUAGCAAAGCAACAGUUACAUUCUUUUCCAAACCACCUAAUAUGAUUUUUAGCGGUAUUACAUUUGAGAACACAUAUGGAACUGAAGGACCUGCAGCAGCUGCUAAAUUUAAUGGUGAUAAAGUAGCUAUCUUCAAUUGUAAUUUUGUAGGUUAUCAAGACACUUUAUUUGAUGCGUCGGGGAUUCAUUAUUAUAAGAAUUGUUAUAUUCGAGGUGAAGUUGAUUUUAUUUGGGGUGAAAGUCGGUCUUAUUAUGAGAACUGUGUGUUAGAUGCAAGACAAAGUAGUUCUAAACCUACAGGUUUUAUCACAGCCCAACGUAGAAAUUCAGCAAAUGAUCAAGGUGGUUUUGUUUUUAAAGGAGGGAAAAUUACUGGAGUUGGUAAAGUUCUUUUAGGAAGAGCGUAUGGUCCUUAUUCAAGAGUUAUAUUUUGGAAUACUGACAUUUCUGCGGUGGUACUUCCCCUGGGAUGGGAUCCUUGGCAACAUAAAGGCCAUGAAAACAACUUUAUUUUUGCGGAAGUUGAUUGUACGGGACCAGGAUCCAAUACUCAAGGGCGUGUCAAGUGGGAGAAGAAACCCAAUGAAAUAAAUAUAAAUGAAUAUUCUUUAAAAUCUUUCAUAAAUCAAGAUGGAUGGCUCAACAACUUACCUCCUAUAUCUUUGUAA